UGAGUUUACCUUAAAAAACAUAUUAAUGUCGGCUCACGGAGGCAUUUCAAGUGAUUUGUAUACAUCACUGCAGAACUUAACUUUGAAAUCUGCUAUUUUUAGCAGUUGUGAAAUAUGGUGGUGUUUUAUGAUUCAGCUUCACAGGAUAAGUGUUUUCUUUUCUUUUCUUUUCUUUUUUUAAUGAUAGACACAGAUUUUGUUUUUAACAGGAGACGGGCGCCUGAGGAGCCGCUCACUUCUUGCAGUGUGCGCUCCGCCUUCUCCCUGUCUCCGGCGCUGCGCUUUAAAUAGCAGCUGUUUAAAAGCUCCUCACACUCUCCUGUCUGCCGCGCAGCACCCGCUCCGUCUCCUCUCAGCAUCGCAGCCCCCCCUCCCUCUCACCACCCGACUCAUUCACAAAUUUACCUCCUAAAAAAUCGCAUCUUUUUUUUUUCCCCCCCGCAAUGUCGGCCGCCAGCACCGAGACCAGCGCCCCGCUGCCGACCGCCGGCAGCCGCGUCUUCUUCCAGGCGGCGACCGGUGUGGGCUGCGUGGGGUCCGGCCCCAUCACCGCCGGGGACGACCCGGUGCAGAAGAGACAGGGCAAAGUGACGGUCAAGUACGACAGGAAAGAGCUGCGGAAAAGACUCGUGCUGGAGGAGUGGAUCAUCGAGCAGCUCAGCGAGUUGUACGACUGCGAGGAGGAAGAGAUGCCAGAAGUAGAGAUAGACAUAGAUGACCUGCUGGAGGUCACCAGUGAUGACGAGAGAGCCAGCAAACUGCAGGAAUCAUUAACAGACUGCUACAAACCCACAGAGGACUUUGUCCGUGAGUUGCUGGGCAGGAUAAGAGGAAUGAGAAAACUCAGCGCGCCAACCAAGAAGGGCCUAUAAUGGCUGUAACGUCUACCAUCGAUCAGCCAUAAACUACAUCAUCUCAGCUCCACCUACUUAACCCACUCAACAUGGACUGUCAUCACAAAGAUUAACUUAUCUAAACAUAACAGCAUUAGUAACUAUUCUGCAACCUGCAAACAUGCACCACGAACUCCAUGCAUUCAGCACUCGUCAUUUAUUUCACAAUCACAUAGAAUAACAAGGCGUAUUAUAAUAUUUGACUGUUGAUAGGUACUUAAGCAAAACAGAGGUGACAUGGUUCGAUAGCAUACAGCCACAAUGAAACGUCAGGCCUGGAGCGUGCCAGAACUGCAACCCGUGCUUUAACAUCGACACCACCUUAUUCCACACGUCAGAGCCAUGUUACACGCCGACGCUGUGAUCCCAACAGCCAUAAAGACUAAAAAAAAAAAAAUUUAAAAAAACACCCA